AUGCCUGAACUCUCAUCUCCCAACCCCAUUCCUCCCCGCACGAGUUCCACUGGUGUCACGAAUGGAGCCUCGACAUGGAGCAUCAACUUAAAGCCAGUCCCCGAAGAAGAAUGGAUAUCCAGAAAGCCAACAUCUCCUACCCAAAACGGGACUGCUCGAAUAUCGUCCCCAAAGUCCACAGGCGCCAGCAAUACGGACGCCGCAACGAUCUGUACGACAACCAUGAUAAGUAAUAUCGACGGGAUGUGGUCUGCGGAUAAAGAAAAGAUUCUUUUGGGACCAUACGAAUAUAUGAGUCAUCAGCCGGGCAAGGAUAUUCGCAGGCAGCUCAUCGCAGCGUUCAACAGGUGGCUGCACGUGCCAGAGGAGAGUUUGACGAUUAUUUCCAAAGUGGUGCUUAUGCUGCACACCGCAUCGCUGUUAGUUGACGAUGUCGAGGACUCAUCUGUGCUCCGUCGCGGAGUACCCGUCGCCCAUAAUAUUUUCGGGACUGCGCAAACCAUUAACUCGGCGAAUUAUAUAUACUUUCUAGCUCUGGCUGAAUUACAGAAGUUACAUAAUCCUGAUGCAAUAGGAAUUUUUACAACAGAGCUUUUAAACCUUCAUCGUGGGCAGGGCAUGGAUUUGUUCUGGAGAGACACCCUUACGUGUCCAAAUGAAGAAGAUUAUUUGCAGAUGGUGGGAAAUAAGACAGGGGGGUUAUUUAGACUGGCCAUUAAGCUAAUGCAGGCUGAAAGCAGCGUUACCGUUGACUGCAUUCCCCUCGUUAACUUAAUGGGUCUCAUUUUUCAAAUUUGCGACGACUAUCUCAACCUCUCCAACCCAACAUAUAGCAAAAAUAAGGGACUCUGUGAGGACCUGACGGAAGGCAAAUUUUCUUUUCCUGUUAUCCACUCCAUCCGUUCACAACCAGAUAAUUUGCAGCUCAUUAAUAUUUUAAAACAAAAGACACAGGAUGAAGAAGUCAAGCGUUAUGCCAUCAAUUAUAUGGAGAGCACUGGUAGUUUUGGAUAUACGAGGAAAACCAUUUCACGAUUGCGUGAUAAAGCUCUGACCAUGAUUGACGAGCUUGAAAACACCAUCAGCGGGCUUCAGGGCCCCUCUGGUGAAACGUCCGAAGGAAACGGAGCAUUGGUGCGAUCUAUUUUGAACCGGAUAGUUGAGCCAGCGCUCAUGCCAUGA